AGCUGACAUUGUCCACGAGCUAUCAUGCUUUAUAGAAUAAAAUCAUGGUGUAUUCUAGGACGAGAGGAACAAAAGGUAGAAAUACUAACGUGGUGGCUAAGGCGGCUACUUUCCAAACCCACGAAGGUGAUGGAAACAAGAAUGAUGUCCUACGAUCGCUUUGGCAGAAGAUUGACUUGAAAAGCGGCACCACGUCUGCAAAACAGUUGUCAUCUCGCAACGCGUCCAAGAACGAUGACCCUCCGAAUUAUUGGCGAAAUGUCGAGUUUGUUUCGCCUAGGCAGUUUGAGCAGGAAUCUCAACAAGUUAUCCUUCGAGGAGUUGAUAGCGCUGCGGUUGCUAACGACAUCAAGUCAAAGGCUGUCGCGGCUACUUCUUCUCGUUUAGAAGUAGCAGAAGGACGCGGGCCACCGCGUCAUAGGCUUAAUAGUAGCGAUGUGGAUGAUAUAUACAGCGAUGACUUCGAGGACCAAAGUCCGAAGAGGGGAAAAAAGACGGAGCUUCGCGCAGGAGAGGGGGCGGGUGCCGGAUACGGCGACAUCGUGAGUAGCGAAGAUUGCGGUAGCCCUCGAAGCGACCAGGACGUACAUCAGGAUGAAGAACGUGAUCGCGAUGGAGGAAACACGACGGAUGCGAAAGAGGACGUUCAACGAAAAGAUCAUGAAGUCGAUUUCUCAACCUGGCUCGCGAGGCUCCACCGCCUGCAGGACCGGCAGCAGUGGCUGUGCGCGCGGCCUCUCGACUUCGACGAGAGCGAAGCGAGUUUCUUUCACGAAAGGCCGCAUGCUGAUUCCCUACUGUUCAAGAAGACGACCAUAGGUCGCCGUGAAGAUGAUAGACUCGCCUGUCCAGCCACGUGGGCUUCGCGUCUGCCGAUUCCCGGACACACGCGCAUACGUGACGAUCUCGUGCGAGCGAUGGAGACCGAAGAAGUUCUCAAUUAUGUGGAUGAAACUGAGUACAGUUUGUUCUCUUUUUACCGCGAGGAUAGCGAUAGAAGAGAAGGGAAACAGGAACACGAAAAGGAGAAGGAUGGAGAAGCAGUCCUCGCGCAACCAUCAGCAGCACAGCAGUUAAUCCAAUCCAAAGCUCGGGUUUCCGUUUCUCCUUCGCUGCAUUCCUCGACUGCUGGAGAUAUAACGCCGGAAACUGCUAGGGACAUAGUCGUAGAGAAAGAGGCUGUGCCCAUCGUGAAUUUGCGACCCAACGACUUCGAUUAUGAGGGCAAGCGAUCUCCCGAAGAGCGAAGGAAGAAGGUGAAGAAAGAAUGGCGCGAGCGGGAUAUUCAGUUACGAACCGAAAUGGCGACUCUGUUGCAAGAAUUGCGGGCGCAUCGCGCAGCUGCAGCACGUGAGAUCGAGAAGAGGCGAAAACAGAACGACACGACUACUAGGUUUUCGACUUGCGGUCCUUGCAGGAGGCAUGAGGAUUUCUACUUCCGCGACUCGGGCGGCGGGCCGCUGAGCACGAUCAACCUCAAUGGCACUGACCACGUAGCAAGACAUCGUGGAGGAACCCAAACAUCAUUUCAACAAUCAGCAGUAGCAAAGACCCUAUCAAGAGAUGGGCUUGCAAGUCAACAUCACCUUGUAGAGGAGGUUGAUGCAGCUGAAAAAUUUGAAGACGACGAUCAGACGAGUCCUCGGACGCAGAAGAGUGAGCCGCUGGACGAAAAUCUUCAUCCGCGUGAACUCUUACCUGACCCGUCACUAUUGUGGCUCGAAGAUGACAGGGUUGUAGCAGAACAAGCCACCGAUGCGCACAUCAGCUACAAACAUCAUCAGGAGGAUGAUCUUCAUGGACGCUAUGAUCGUGUUUUCGGACAGCCUCAACAUCGAUCCAAAUACGGAGAGCACCUGAUUACGAAACUGCGGACGAAUCUUGCCGCACAACAGAUCGUGGAGCGCGGCGGCUUUCAAGGCGCCAAGAUCGAUACUUUUGUCACAAAAAACCAAUUUCUGACCGACAUCUGGAUGAAACAGGCAGAAGUCGCAGCAUACCUGCCUCAGGAGGACUUAUUUUCAUCUGGAGACCUUACUCGUCCAUCUCGACGAGGAGAAAACAAUAGUAAGGGCGCCCUUCUUACUAAGACCGGCACAUUCACUACGGUUGCUCCUGGUCGUGGUGAAGAGGACACAACUUCAACUGGAGAUGAUCACCCAUUCGCCAUUCGUGUCGCAGCAGCAGAGCAACGCGCUACGAGCAGUUCGCUUUUGCGAGAAAUCUUUAACACUAGUAGAUCACAAAGACCUCCUCCGCGUCCGCGUAGUGCUGCGCUUCUUUAACUUCAGCGGGUCGUAUACACGACUAAGUCGGGUGAUGAUCCACAAUCAUGUUGAAGAGAGUGCUCCUUGAUGCAUUUAAGAACACCAAAACAACACGUUGUACUGGGUGCGGUCAUGUUAAUGAUGUGAUUUUCGAGCAACCACUUGCCUAGGUGUGGUUGAUGAAAGUACUACGUGCUAGUGCUGCUUGCAUGCUUGUGCGUUUCCGCCUACCGUGUCUCAAGUAUCCUCUGGUCGUUGCUUCUGUCAU